AUGUCCGAUCGGAACCACUGCCUGAAAAGCUACGGCCACCACGGCUUGCGGAAAAACCUUACGAAUGAGGUUGAAACCCAACGUGCGGACGCGAAACGACCGGAUCGGCGAGUUACUGCGGACCAAUCAGAGAGCGCCGGAAUGGUCGCAACACGCCUUUCUGGCGAAUCGGGUGGCGAUUUGGCGCCACAAUUUGCUGAGACUUUGUUGACAGCACAUUACGCCAAGUAG